AUGGCUCGCUUCGGGGACGAUGGGGCGGAAGAGGACCGUCGUUUGGGCCAACACCGAAUCGAAAGGCCUUUCUCCUUUUUUUUUCCAACUUCUCGCGAUGUCACGUCUUUUUAUCAUUUCUUGGUCUCUCUCUCUCUUCCUCUUUUUUUUGCUUAUUUUAAUUAUGCAAUAUUUCUUUCAUCGAUUUCCACUUUCUUCUUUAUUGUUAUCCUGCAAUUUUGUUUUUCUCUCUUUUUAACAUUUUUCCUUGUCUUUUCUUUCUUUCUUCUUCUAAUGUUUUCAGAUCUCUUUCCUUCUGUUUCUUUUUUUUUUCCCACUAUUCUUCAUACCAUUUCUUUCUUUUGUUUUUUGUUUAUUUUUUUUCUUUCUUUUCAUUCCUUCUUUGUGCAUCAUUUUUUUCUUUCUUUUCACCCCCUCUUUGUGCAUCCCAUUUUCUUUUUCUUUUCUUUUCUUUCUUCUUUCUUUUCUUUUCUUUUUUUCUUUUUUCUUUCUUUUUUUCUUUUCUUUCUUUCUUUUCUUUUCACCUUCUUUUUCUUUUCUUUUCUUUCUUUCUUUCUUUUCUUUCUUUUUUUUUCUUCUUUCUUUUUUUUUCUUUCUUUUCUGUUUCUUUUCUUUUGUUUCUUUUUUGUUUCUUUUUUUUUCUUUCUUUUCAUUCCUUCUUUGUGCAUACCUUUUCUUUCUUUGUUUCUUUGUGCAUCCCAUUUUUCUUUCUCUCUUUUUUCUUUCUUUCUUUCUUUCUUUCUUUUCUUUUCUUUCUUUCUUUUCUUUUUUCUUUCUUUUUUCUUUUCUUUCUUUCUUUCUUUUUCUUUUUUUCUUUCUUUUCUUCUUUCUUUCUUUCUUUCUUUCUUUCUUUCUUUCUUUUCACUGAUUCUUUGUGCAUACCGUUUCUUUCUUUGUUUCUUUGUUUAUUUUUUCCUUUCUUUUCAUUCCUUCUUUGUGCAUAACUUUUCUUUCUUUUCACCCCUUCUUUGUGCAUCCCAUUUUUCUUUCUCUCUUUUUCUUUCUUUCUUUCUUUCUUUCUUUUCUUUCUUUCUUUCUUUCUUUUCUUCUUUCUUUCUUUCUUUCUUCCUUUUCUUCUUUCUUUCUUUCUUUUCUUUCUUUUCUUUCUUUCUUUCUUUCUUUUCACUGAUUCUUUUCUUCGUUUUCUUUCUUUGUUUCUUUUUUUUUCCUUUCUUUUCAUUUCCUUCUUUGUGCAUAACUUUUUUUCUUUUCACCCCUUUUUGUGCAUCCCAUUUUUCUUUCUUUUUCUUCUUUCUUUGUUUUUUUUUUUUUUUUCUUUCUUUUCUUUUCCUUCUUUCUUUUCUUUCUUUCUUUUCUUUUUUCACUGAUUCUUUGUGCAUACCGUUUCUUUUUUUUGUUUUUUUGUUUAUUUUUUCCUUUCUUUUCAUUCCUUCUUUGUGCAUAACUUUUCUUUCUUUUCCCCUUCUUUUGUGCAUCCCAUUCUUUCUUUUCUUUUCUUUUUUCUUUUUAUUUUUCUUUUUUUUUUUUCUUUCUUUCUUUCUUUCUUUUCACCGAUUCUUUGUGCAUACCGUUUCUUUCUUUGUUUCUUUGUUUAUUUCUUUGUUUCUUUUCAUUCCUUCUCUGUGCAUAACUUUUCUUUCUUUUCACCCCAUCUUUGUGCAUCCCAUUUUUUUUUCUCUCUUUUUCUUUCUUUCUUUCUUUCUUUCUUUCUUUCUUUCUUUCUUUCAUUCUUUCUUUCUCUCCUUCCUUCCUUCUUUCUUUUUUCUUUUUUCUUUCUUUCUUUCACCGAUUCUUUGUGCAUACCGUUUCUUUCUUUGUUUAUUUCUUUCUUUCUUUUCAUUCCUUCUUUUGCUUAUCUCACCAUUCGAACUUACUCCGUUUUUAUUACUUUUACCCUCAACAUUUCAUUUUCUUGUCUUUCUUUCCCUCAUUUUGUUUAAUGUUUUCUUCUUUCUUUUCUUCCAUUUCUCUUAA